AUGCAUAAAAACUUUCUAGUUUACACCUCCGGUUGCAGAAUACCCAAAUAUGACCCCUUCGACUUCACUGUGAGACGAUAUUACAUCAAAACUCCAUAUACUUAUAACUGUGGUCCAAAAAAACCUAUAUUUCAUAUUCAGAAAGAGGGCGUUGUAACCGUUGAUGAAGAAGAAUUAUACAGACAGCAUAAAAUUCGGAUGGAUCAAAUGGAUUGUUAUUUUAAUCCUAUCAUUAGAAAAAACAGAGGUAGAAAACCCGAUGAUAAUUUUUACCUUGGUAGAGAACACGAUAUGAUAUUUAAUUUGCCAAUUGAAGAUGAUUUUAUACUUUUAAAAUGCAAAAAUGAAAACAAAACCUUUAUAGAGACCCCCUUGCUUUUGACACCUAUUAAAACCAAAGUUGAAGUAAGAAGUGAAAAUAAUUUAAAGAAAAAUUUUAACUUGAAGGAGAAGUUAAAUGUUAUCAUCGUAGGAAUCGAUUCUAUAUCCAAACUUAAUUUUGUUCGUUAUUUUCAAAACACCUUAAAGUAUUUACGCACUGAUGUAUCGGCCAUCGAAUUGCAUGGAUUUGUGAAAGUAGCUGAUAAUACGUAUCCAAACUUAAUUCCCUUUUUAACUGGGCGUCAUAGAAAUCAUUUUAAAGCGAAAGAACGGAGAUAUGGUUUCUUCGAUGAUGUCGAUUUCAUAUGGAAAAGAUAUGCGGCAGUAGGUUAUAGGACAUUGUUUUCAGAAGACGCUCCAAAUAUGGGAGCCUUUGUUCUAAACAGACGAGGUUUCAAAAACCCGCCUACAGAUUACUAUAGUCGGCCCUAUUCGGUGGCAGUGGAAGCACUUAAUACGAGGCACAAGACUCAUUGUAUUGGUUCAAAACUUGAAAUGGAAGUCUAUUUCGAUUAUCUCCGGAAUUUUGUUUCUACAAUGGAAAAUAGACUAUAUUUUACAUUCACUUUCGUCGCCAGAUUAACUCACGACAUCUUUAAAUAUGCCGGGUUUGCUGACAAGCCGGCUUUUGAAUUAGUUUCUUAUUUGAAAGAGAACGAAAUCCUAAACCGGUCUCUUUUUAUAUUCUUUAGUGACCACGGGAUCAGAUUUGGAGAUAUACGAAGGACUUACAUUGGGAAAAUUGAAGAAAGGAUGCCUUUUAUGUUUCUAAUAUUUCCUGAAUGGUUUCUCAAAAAGUAUCCUGAGUUUGCCAAAAACUUGGAAAUCAAUAGAAACCGAUUGACUACACCCUACGAUAUACAUGCUACGCUUCUUCAUCUACUAGACCUCGAAAGAGAGACAUUUUAUACUCUUCAUGGGCAAAGUCUGCUGACCGAAAUAUCUUCUGAACGAACGUGUGCCGAUGCAAUGAUUGCGAAACACUGGUGUACCUGCCAGACUCACCAAAUUGUACCAUCCGACGACGGCAAUGUCCGCCAAGCAGCACUGGCAGUGGUACGAAAAUUAAAUCGACUUCUGAAGCCGUAUUUCAGAUUGUGCGCCCCGCUCAAAUUGAGCAAAGUUUUAGAUGCGAGACUAGUUCAGCCUAACGAAUUGUUAGUGGAAGUACUCCCGAAGGACUAUUUGAUCACUUUACUUGUCAUCCCAAGUGGUGCUAUUUUUGAAGCAACUGUUCAAGGGAAGAAGAAGCAAUUCACAGUUUCAGAUGAAGUUAGCAGAAUUAAUAAAUAUGGUAAUGAAUCAGAUUGUAUUCAUGAUCCGGCUAUAACGAAAUACUGUUAUUGUAAGGCCAAUCUGAUCAAGAACUAA